GUUUCUGAAGAUGAAAAUGUGGGCAAUAAGGAAAGAAGAAAAUGCUUACUAUGCAGUGAAAAACAAUGCCAGGAUGCGGUUUUCUAGAAGCAAGACGGAAUGCCCACCGCUCGAAAGACUGGCUAUCCCCUCCAAAGAAGACUUACGAUCGAAAGGUCUUCACUGUGAUGCGAAACGCGCUGUCAUUAUGACAUUCUUAGGAGGCAGAAGGCAAUUUGCUUCAAGAACAGAUUUUGAUUGGAGCUACAACGACUUAUGUAGACAAUUUAAAAUGUUUACAGAAGUGGAUGAAUUUGUAGAGGCAGUUAAUAUCACAAUAGGCAAUUUAGAUAUUGUGCGAGAAACCCAAAUUGACAGCCAAGCCACUGUGUAUGCUGAUGACUCUGGGUUCCUCGAACCAGUAUGCUCUGAAACAUGUGAUCCAGAAGCAGAUGGGAGUGAGUCGCACAGUUUUGAGCCACCUCUAAAGAAACAGAAGGUAAAACCCCUACAAGCAUCUCUCAGCAAAAGUCAGGCACUGACCAAUAAUUUCCAGGAUGACAUCUUAAAAAGUAUAAGGGGGAAAACUUUAACAGGAAUCCAUCAAAUUAUGCUGAGUAGAAUUGAAGGUCCAGAUACACCAUUCAGGGACACAAAUAUCAGUUUUGUUAAACAGGUUCAAGAUGGCCAAACAGCAGCUUGCACUUUGCCACAACCUCUUGCAUUGCACCUUAUUGGAGAGAAUGAUAAACAAAAUGUGGACAAAGAACAUUUGAAUGGAUAUUCCUAUAUAUGUCUAGGAGGAAAUCAUCAAAGGUUAGCAGCUGUGGAGAACCAUUCCUUGUAUCCACACAUGGUACAAUAUAUGACCCUUCCAUCUAAUAUUUUCGUCAACUUGACCCAAGAGGAGGAGAUAUUCGUUGCUACAAACCACAACAUCAUUGGACACAAUAUAAACAGAGUUUCCCACAAAGAUAUGGUCAAAUUAUUCAGAAGUCUGAAGCCAUCAGACAUUGAUGUGGAGUCAGCCAGGUGUGAAAACACAAAGGAAUGGAGAAUGAGGUGCCAGCAACAUCUUCCUCUUGGCUCAGAUAUUUCUAGUUACCAGUCUAUCUUUUGGAUUUCAUGUGCCAGUGACCCUGUUUACAGACAGAUUUUGCUGAUCUAUGGUCUCUUUGAGCAAGGGAAGCUAAAGAACCAAAAACUAAAGAAACAUGAAUCCAUGAUGACACCAUGUUUGAAUGUGACACGGCCUUGGAGAGCUUUAAUGACCUUACCAGAGGAAACUGUUGUACAGAUGUUAACUAAAGUUACCAGUCUAGAGUAUGAUCUGGAUGAAAUGACAAAGGAAGCAGAAUAUCUAAAGGGAACGAGGAACAUCCAGUAUGCCUUGUGCAAGUUGACCAAAAUGUCAUGGGAAAAAACACUAGAUACAUUUUGGUCAACAGAGGAGGAGGCUGAAGAAGAACUUAGCCAGUUCAUUGGUGAUGUUAAAAGGGGUGUUCCAGGGGAAAGGCUCCGCCAGUUUGUGGAGAGGAAACUGAAAGAUCCCUCUUCAAGGGCAAAACCUUUGGUUUUUCAAGAUCAUCCUUUAAAUUUCAUAAAAGGGGGCAGCCUAAAUAAUCCUGUUGAUGUCAUUCUAUUCAAUGAGGAAAUAUCCGAGUGGCAAACACUUCUCAGAGUGUGUAUGGACCUCCCCUUACUAAAUGAGGAACACACCAUUGUUUUAACAACAUCGUGGGCCAGUGUCAGCGACACAAAGAAAGGAGUAGAACUGAUGUAUCCUAACAAAGCUACUCUGGUGGUUGUCCUCUUCAACAGAAGAAGUAACUACACCCAGCCAUUCCUCUGCAUCACGUCCAGCAAAACAGGCAUCAAAGGUUUGUCAGCACUGAUUGAAGGAAAUACCAAGUCAGCAUUCUAUGAAAAACUACUCCUUCAAGUAUCACCAAAAAAUGGAAAUCUAGUGGUACUUCACUGUGGCAAAGGUGAAGCCCUACAAGCUGGAGUAAAGAAAGGUCUAACUGUAAUUGGAGUAGACACCAGGAAUGAAAUGGUCCGUUCUUGUAAUAGAGCACUUUAUUAAAAAAUAUUACCCAUCAAAAACGAUGAACGAUGAAUUAAAACAA